AUGCAGGUGGAGGCCCAUAAAAAAGGCGGAGAUGACACGGCAGCCAACAAUUUCAUGUUCCUCUGUUCUGACACCACCGUUCAUGUGGGGACGGGCACAACCUGGGGCCACUACGGGAAAUGGAGCGGGCGCUGCCCCCACGGGAUCUGCGGGAUGAAGGCCAAAGUGGAACCUCCACAAGGAACCGGAGAUGACACGGCCCUAAAUGACGCCCAGUUUAUAUGUUGCAAGGAUUAG